CAGCACGCCAGGGCCACAGUGGGAGGCAGCCGCGUGCAGCAAGCCAGGGCCGCUGGUGUCUGGGGGUCACCGAGCCCGGGAGCAUGAUCGUGGACAAGCUGCUGGACGACAGCUGCGGCGGAGACGGGCUGCUGGACGCGACCGGCGACUGCGGCCUCAUGACCAGCCCGCUCAACCUGGCCUAUUUCUACGGCGCGUCGCCGCCCGCCGCCGCCCCGGGCGCCUGCGACGCCAGCUGCUCGUCGUCGGGUCCCUCCGCGCCGGGCUCCCCGGGCUCCGGCUCUGACUCCUCCGACUUCUCCGCCUCGUCCGUGUCCUCCUGCGGGGCCGUCGAGUCCCGGCCCAGAGGCGGUGCCCGCGCCGAGCGCCAGCAAGUUGAGCCCCAUAUGGGGGUUGGCAGGCAGCAGAAAGGACCCUUUCAAGGUGUUCGCGUGAAAAACUCAGUGAAGGAACUCCUGUUGCACAUCCGAAGUCAUAAACAGAAGGCUUCUGGCCAAGCUGUGGAUGAUUUUAAGGCACAAGGUGUGAACAUAGAGCAGUUCACAGAAUUAAAGAACACAGUAUCAUACGGUGGGAAAAGGAAAGGGCCGGAUUCAUUGCCUGAUGGACCAGCUUGCAAGAGGCCAACUCUGCAAACCCAAUUUUUGACACCACCUCAAACACCAACGCCUGGGGAGAGCAUGGAAGAUGUUCUUCACAAUGAACCCAAACAGGACAGCAGUGCCAAUCUGCUUCAGAACAUUAUGAACAUUAAGAAUGAAUGCAGCCCAGUUUCCCUGAACACAGUCCAAGUUAGCUGGAUGAGCCCUGGGGGGUUCUCUCAGAGCUCCCCCCGAGAGCAGUGUCAGGACUUCCACGGAGGGCAGGUCUUCUCUCCACCUCAGAAAUAUCAGCCAUUUCAAGUCAGUGGCUCCCCACAAGUGAUGGACCAGGCUUCUGUGUACCAGUAUUCUCCACAGAGCCAGAAUGUAGAGCCGCAGCAGCAUUACUCCCACGACCCCACUCUGGAGUACAGUCCUUAUUCCAGAGCGUCCCAGUCCCCCAACUAUGAACCAAUCUUCUUUGAUGGUCAGACACCACAGUUCUGCCCAAACCAAAGUUUUUCUUCCCUUCUAAGUAGUCAUGGGCAAUCUGAGAAUAUUACUAAUCCCAUCCAGACUUCCUCCAGCGUUCAGCAACAAAACAAUGCUCACCUACAGAGCUUCAGCAUGAUGCCCAGCAGCGCCUGUGAGUCCAUAGGGGGCCACGAUAUGGCCUCCACCUCUUUAAAUACUUCGCUGCCCUUCCAAAACAUCAUCGGAAGUACAAUGAACACCACACAGUUAGGGAAAUCGUUUUUUCAGUGGCAAGUAGAACAGGAAGAAAGCAAAUUGGCAAAUAUUUCCCAAGACCAGUUUCUUUCAAAGGAUGCAGAUGGUGACACGUUCCUUCACAUUGCUGUUGCCCAAGGGAGAAGGGCACUUUCCUAUGUUCUUGCAAGAAAGAUGAAUGCUCUUCACAUGCUGGAUAUCAAAGAGCACAAUGGACAGAGUGCCUUUCAGGUGGCAGUGGCUGCCAAUCAGCAUCUCAUUGUGCAGGAUCUGGUGAACCUCGGGGCCCAGGUGAACACCACGGACUGCUGGGGAAGGACACCUCUGCACGUCUGUGCUGAGAAGGGCCACUCCCAGGUGCUUCAGGCAAUUCAGAAGGGAGCAAUGAGGAGCAAUCAGUUUGUGGAUCUUGAGGCAACUAACUAUGAUGGCCUGACGCCCCUUCAUUGUGCAGUUAUAGCCCACAAUGCUGUGGUGCAUGAACUCCAGAGAAAUCAACAGCCUCAUUCACCGGAAGUUCAGGAGCUUUUACUGAAGAAUAAGAGUCUCGUUGAUACCAUUAAGUGUCUGAUUCAAAUGGGAGCAGCAGUGGAAGCAAAGGAUCGUAAAAGUGGCCGCACAGCCCUGCAUUUGGCAGCUGAAGAAGCAAAUCUGGAACUCAUUCGUCUCUUUUUGGAGCUCCCCAGUUGCCUGUCUUUCGUGAAUGCAAAGGCGUACAAUGGGAACACUGCCCUCCAUGUUGCUGCCAGCCUGCAGUACCGGGUGACGCAGUUGGACGCAGUCCGCCUGUUGAUGAGGAAGGGAGCAGACCCAAGUACUCGGAACUUGGAGAACGAGCAGCCAGUGCAUUUGGUUCCUGAUGGCCCUGUGGGAGAACAGAUCCGAAGAAUCCUGAAGGGAAAGUCCAUUCAGCAGAGAGCUCCACCGUAUUAGCUCCUUAACCUGGAGCCUUGUGAGCAACACUCACUGUCAGUUAGGCAGUCCUGAUGUUAUCUGUACAUAGACCAUUUGCUCUGUAUUGGCAAAUGUAAGUUGUUUCUAUGAAACAAACCUAUUUAGUUCACUAUUAUAUAGUGGGUUAUAUUAAAAGAAAAGAAGAAAAAUAUCUAAUUUCUCUUGGCAGAUUUGCAUAUUUCAUACCCAGGUAUCUGGGAUCUAGACAUCUGAAUUUGAUCUGAAUGAUAAAAUUGCCUUCAAGUAACAGUAACUGUUAGAUAGGAAAAGACUGAUUUGUGGCACCAGUCAUUGCUGUUGUGUAGCUACUGCCAUGUUCAAAGUAGGUGAAUUGUAAACAUUUCCUUAAGAGAAAUGAAAGUAUUUGAAAGGCAAAAAGUGUUGAGGCUUUAUUUGGUCUGAUGUGGUACUUGGUGGUUAUUGGUGUUGGAAAGUUUCUAGUCAUUGGACUAGAAGAAAGGUGUCCAUGGUUAAAAUUUGAUCUUUGCAAACUGUAUAUAAGUGUUAUUUUUUGUCUUUAAAAAUAUUGUACAUAUUUGGCCAUUAACAUGGUUGUAUUUGAAAGAACAAGUGAAUUGUCACUAUUGUAAAAAAUUUUCAAAGGAACUGUUACUGCAUAAUCAUUCAGUUAAAGACUUUGUAGAUAAAAUAGAUGAUGAAUUGUUCCCUUAGUGGCUGAAAGAGCCAUUUUGAAUUGUAAAUGUGCCUUUUCUCAUGCAUUGAAAUGAGAUGCAUUAUUUGUAGGGAAUUGCAUGCUCUUGAAGACAACACCUUGUUCUCUUUUAGAGUUCUACCUUAGAAUUUAUGAAAUUUUUGUUUUUUACCUUUGUAAAAACAGCAAAAAGUUGAUAUUAAAACAUGUCUUCCUCUUUUAUAUUGUCAAAUGAUGAUAAUAUGCCAUGAUCUUUUAUAUUACUGUUCAGAAAAAAAAUGUUUUAUUUUUUAGUAACAUUAAUUCUAUUAACAUUAUUUUGCUUACCUGUGGCAUGUCUGAGGAACAUAGUUGGCUUUGAUUACACACUAAUUUUUCAUAAUAAAUUUGACUCAUACAAACUUUAAAAAAAAAUGAUAAGUCUCUCAAGCAACUGACUAUAACUUACCAUCUUUGUGGCUCAGUACUUAAAUUCUUUUUAAAAAGAUGUCUUUUGGACUGAUCACAUUGUUUGACCCAGUAUGUCUUGUGGACAAAUUACUGAUAGUCACUUGGUAUCUGUAAAUAUGUUGUGAUGCAAACAUGUCCAUUCACACUGGAAACACUCAUGCGUGGUUUUAAAUAAACAUUAAUUCACUAAUAAUGA